CUUUCUUUUAUACCUUUAUUGCUUUCGUUUCACUAGAGUAAGUGAAAAAAAAAACAAGUGCUUAAUAAUUAAUGAGCGGCCAGAACUAUAUUGGUUCAAAAAUCUCGCUCAUUAGUUUGAGUGAUAUACGAUAUGUCGGUAUCCUUCACAACAUCAAUCCUGUUGAGUCUACUGUAGCUUUACAAAAUGUCAAGUCAUAUGGUACUGAAGGACGUAAGGGGAGUCCUAAAGAAGAAAUUCCUGCUUCUGAGCAUGUAUUUGAUUAUGUCGUGUUUCGUGGUUCAGAUAUAAAAGACCUUCAAGUGUUUGAGGCUCCUCCUUCUUUCCAAUCUUCUUCCGAACCUCAGCAAGUCCAUGCUCAACAACACGAUCCAACGACCAGUAUGGCAACUCCUGCCUAUCUUUCGCCUUAUUACCCAAGCCAACAAUACAGAGGAAACAUGUCUGCUUACCCUUACGGCAACAAUUACUGGCAAUCCACAGCCUAUCCUGUUCAACAAUCGCCCUAUUUAUGCCAACCACACUUCCCAAUGCCUGUUCCUGAAAACUAUCAAAUAUCCACUCCCAAUGACGUUCCAGUCACAUCCAUUCAAACCAAUGUCCCUGCUACUACUUUAGACAAUAAGGAAGAGUCUAUAGUCAAUACAUCUUUGCAAAAAGAAGAAAAAUCAAUCCCAUCUUCACCUAAAAAGCAACAGCCCUUCUCCCCAGAAAAAAACUCUAUUAUCAUUCAAGAAAAAGAACAAAUAGUCACGAUUGAACACGUAGAUGAAGCUCUUGUUGAUUCUUUAGUCAAACAAGUAUCGGAUCUGGAUAUCAAACAGCCCACAGCAACCAAAGAACCGAAACCUGCCAAGGCACAAUUAAAGACAAGUGAAGGAAAAAGCGAUCAAAGACGCACAAGUCAUUCUCAUACACGUCGUUCCGCUCAAGCCAAUGGCAAUAUGAUAUCAAACAGCUCGAACGGACAGCGCCAUCAUAGUGGACGUCGAAACAAUCAUAACCAUCGACGCAAUAGCCAUGGUAUUGUUAUUCCCAAGUUUGACUUUGAUUUCGCUUCAGCCAAUGCUAAAUUUGAUAAGCGUGGCCUGAAGGAGAGCAGUUCAUUGGAUACUGAAAGCGACGCUACUCAAAUUAUUCAGGAGACGGAUCUUUUCUAUGACAAGAAAAAGAGUUUCUUUGAUGAUAUCUCUUGUGAAUCAAAAGAAUAUCAAAAUGGUAGUCGUAGUGGAAAACACAAAGAAGAGAGCAAGCUCAAUCUAGAGACAUUUGGUCAGGCCAAUCCAGCCGGACAAAACAUGAAACGUCAUCGUCAUCAUGGAAACAGAAAAUCAGCCAUAAGGAAAAGUUAAGGAUUAGAUGAUGUCUUAGGAAGUAGCAUUAUUUAGCUGUUGUGUCUAUCUCUAUAAAUAAUAAAUAAUAACCUUGUUAUUGAUGGCCUUCGUUUCUCUAUGCAUGAGAAAGUAAAUUGCUGAGAGAAGAAAUGAACUGUUUAGUGGGAAAGAUACGCCAGAAUAGUGCUUUCAGCAAGACUCGAAUCACCUUAGCUAUAGUAUCAGUCCCAUUAUAUGAUCGUUCAAACUGUCAGUCAAUAGUCAAAGAAACGAGCUGUCAUGGGCUUAGACAAAUGAAUUUCUUUUUUCCAUCCAUCACACAAGAUAUCAAAAAUGCGUAUUUCGCAGUACCUCCCGUAAAUUGGUCUGACCUAAUCUUUAACAGAGCAGUUGCACUAUAACAUGGACUGAAUAAAAAUGACUAUUUCAAUCCUUACUCUUGUCUUCAAUCAUUUUGACAGGCAAAACAAACGCAAAGUCAAAGUUGAAGGCGAAAUUCAAUAUAUUUCAACAU